UUCAAAUUUAGAGUUUUAUUACUCAAAACUCUAAAUUUGAAGUUUUGAAAUUCAUUUUUGGAGAGCAAAAAACUCUAUAUUUGAAAUUAUCGAGUUUCUUUACGGAGAUGCUAUUAAUAUAAAUACAUCACCCUUUCAAUUUCCACACCCUAUAGCCCACGUAUCACGGGCCCAUAAGCCACAUAUAUGACCUCUCUAUCAUUUCAUGCGCCAUGCGCCCCCAAUUGUCGGAAUAAUGACACACACCUCCACGUGAUCUCGGCGGUCCCUCGAGAAACAUAACGAAAAUUUUGGAUUACUAGAUUCUGAGGGCUGAUAUAUUUUUUUUGUUUUAAUUUUUUUUUUAAAAUUUAAUUUUUAUAUUUAUGUUUAAUAUUAAUUUAAUUUGCAUAACAAUAUAAAAUAUGUGAAAUUGCAUAACUAACAGUUGUGCUAUACGCAUUUCAUAAAUUAAUUUUAAACUUUAUUCCUAAAGUUUACAAAAUAUUAUAUUUUCUUAGUCGUUAUCUAAUUAUAACUGUUAUAAUUAUUGACAAAAAAAUUACGUAGUUUUUUUAAUAAAAAUAUAUAACAAUUUUACGUAAAGAAGAUAGAAAGGUAACUACUUAUGUUAACUAAUCUGUAAGAAGAAAGAUAAAUUAAUGAUUAUAUUAUUGAAAUAUAUUAUUUAAAUAUUAAACAUGGUUAGAGUUGUGAUAUAUUUAGAUGCAAUUAUAAGAGAUUUGGAUAUUAUUAUUAUUAUUAUUAUUAUUAUUUGUUGGCAGCUGAUUUGGUUAUUUUUUAAGUAGGUCACAUGGAGAAAAAAAUUGUUAGAUGAAUCAUUUAUCAAUUGGUCAGGAUCUUGAUUUAAUAGAAUAGAUAUAGAUUGAUAACACUGGAGUUUAUUUUAAAGACCGUAAUAAACAAGGGGUCAAAUCAAGCAAAGAAAACAAGAGCAACACUUCCUAAAUAAUAACAUGGUCACCGGUGGCGGUGGCGAAACCGACCGUAAGGUUCGAAAUGAAGAUGCAGCUUCGUCAGGCCGUCGCGGAGAACAUUCUCACCCCCUAACGUCAAACAAUCACGCCGUUACAGAGUCCGUGACCGUUAGCAAAGCUGGACAACAGUACACUCCGUCGUCUUGGAGCAAUCGGGAGAGUCCGGCAAGUCGUUCGAGUACUCCCACUCCGUCAAAGCGACGACGUAUAGUUCCUCCGUACCGGAACAGCAAAUCACAGCUUAUCUCUCGCGAAUCCAACGCGUCGGCUGCUUAAUCGCCGUCGACGAUUCCACCUUCGCCAUCAUCGGCUACAGAGAAAAUGCGCGGGAAACGCUAGGGCUAAUAUCUCCAUCCGUUCCAAGCAUCGACGACGACAAGGCAGAGACUCUCACGAUCGACACGGACCUCCGAUGCCGCUUCAGGCCAUCAAGCAUCGUCCUCCUCGAACGAGCCUUCGUGGCGCAGCGUGAAAUCACGCUCCUGAUUCCUCUAUGGAUCCACUCCAAGAACACUCGCAAGCCUUUCUUUCAAACCGAAGACCCGGCGCUCUCAAUGGCUGGAGCAGUCCAAUCUCGGAAGCUCGCUUGUCUUAUGACUCUGGUUCGGGAAUUGAUAUACAACGAAUAUGAAGAAACCGUUGAUAGGGCUUCAAUUCUUUCUAGUCUAAAUUUUCCCUUGUUCAUAACUCUAACAUGAUAGUGUGUUGCAUUUACCAAUUGUGCAGGGGACGAAGGAAAGAAUGGAAUGUAGAGGUCAAGCUGAAAACUUUUGGUCCCGAGGGAAAGCCGUGUUUGUCGUCAUGCUCAAGCAAGGACUAUUUUAACAAAAUUGUUAUGGACAAGUUCAACAACAUACUACAAGGCCCAUCAUCCAUUUGAUCCCUCCUCCAAUCUUUGCUGCCUGGAAUGGAACACUGCGAUGGAAAAUCUCACAGGCUGGCUGGCCUCGCAGCCAAGUGAUUGGUCAAUUGCUUGUCAGGGAUUGUUUUUCUUAAUGCGAUUGGCGGCUAAGACACUGAUUAAUUCCCUUUCCCGUUAAGAGGCAAAUCCUUUCAGGCUCUCCUGACUUUGUGUCAGCCCUGGUGGUUGUUUGAACCCAGACUGUCUAGUAAAGAGAAAUGACGAGUUCUCGGUGGGUCAAGACAAAGACGUGUUUUAUUAGAUCAAUGAGUCGAAACAGUUUUGCAAAAGGGGGAGAGAACAAAGGAAUUAGUCCAGCGAAAGCUACUUCGUCGGACCGUACAAGUCGGCGAGAAGUAAGAUAUGAAACCCUAGAUCUAGCCGAAAGUGAGUGUAGUCGUUUGCGGAUCCCCCCAUUGUUGCCUUUCCACCUUCUUUUAUAGACACGUGCUCGUUAACCUAAUCUUCCUUAUCCUGGUGGGCCUCGUCCUGGUGGGCCUCCUCGAGGAUUGGGCCGAGGUGUCGGGCCGCUACCUCGAGUCGUCGAGCCGACAACGUAAGGUUGCUCGCCUCGCUGGUCGGAAGCAGUCUAAAGCCGAGCCGAUCACUGGCUCGCGAGUCGACGAGCCGAAUCUCUUUAUUGUGAUCAUGUGUCUGGAUAAUUAUCUUGUGGGCCUUUUGGGAGGGCUAGCCCAUACCCAACAGUAAGUCCCCCUAGUUCGCAGGUGAGUAACCGGCUCAGCGAAUUUGAAAGUAGGGUUUGCAAGACAAUUGUUCCAGGUUUGUGAUCUCACUAGACUCCUCGACUAUGUGAGCAACUCGUCUGUUCGCACUUCGUGAUCUGACCGAUUUGAUUUGGACCGGCGGUUUCCUUUGGUUUUGAUUACGACUGUUGGUCUCGAUCUAAACCGGUCUUGGUUUUCCUCGAGAAGUUGAAACGUCGCGAGACGUGGUGAGCUUCACGCGCCUAAAUAGACCCGUCUAGGCCCAUCUAGGUCUAAUGAUGACGCCUCGGGGUGCGAUGAAUUCCUUCCCUUAUAAAUACCCAUCUCGCGUCUCAUUUUCUCCACUCUUCAUCCGGUUCAGGUACUUUCUCUCUCUUUCUCUCCGCUUCUCUCUCUAGCUUUGUAGUCUUAGUCUUUUGAGAAUGUCGUCGGGCGGUGGCAGUAGGCUUUCCAGAGAUCAGAAAGGGAAGGCGGUGGCGAGAGCAACCGAAUCGAGUCCUGCACAUGUCGUCGAGUCGAACUCUCCUUCUGAUUUCGAGACGAUUCAUCGUGAAGCCAUGAUGGAUACAAAAAAUAAGGAUACGCCUCAGCGAGUCCUUGUUUCUGAGUCAACACGUCAACUCCGCGAGGAGAGAGAGGCUGCAACGUUAAUUGCGAGAGAUGGUCAAGGUGGGGCGAGUGAAGGAUAGACUUCUCUCCCUGACUUCGUUCCGUAUUGUUAUCAUCCCGGGGGGAUUUUCGAGGACCUCCCGGCUUUGGCGCCGGAACUGAUGCGUUCUCCUAUCGUGGAAGGACAAAUGUGGGGGAACGUCGAGGAGACUCGUUCGACUCCUAGCAGCGUGAAAGUUCUGCUGAGAGAGUGCGGAGGAGUCGGAGUGACUUUCUUAAUCCCGACGAAAACCCAGAGGCCGUGGUCCCCUCCAUUGGGAUUUCAGUGUGUAUAUGAGUCAUACUUUCAGAACGAGACCAAGCUCUGGUUUCCAAUUCCUCGACUCGUCACAUCUUAUGCGAGACGUCGUGACGCAGCGAUGAGCCGGUUCUUGAAUGGUGCGUUCCGUAUUUCGGUAGCGUUGAUGGUGGCGGCAGCGGAGAUCAAUGUCUUGAUGAGCGUGUGGACUCUUGAAGAGCUGACCUACGUUAAGUCGAUGGGGGAUGGAUUGUACUCGAUUCAGAUGAGGCCUAACUACAAUGUGAUUGUCGACCACCCCAGUAGGACGAACAAUUGGCAGCGCUUCUAUUUUUAUGUCAAGUGUGAUGGUUUUGCCUUCGAGGAGCCGCCCGAUGAUUCCUUUCGAUUUUUAUGGAAUCAUGAACUCGUCGAUCACCCAGAUUCGGCCUCCUAUCCCGAAGAGUUCAUUGCUAAAGCUCAUGUCGUCGCGUCGCUUGCUCAAGUAAGUUGGAAAGACAUCACCGUUGAAAGGAUUCGAAGAGCCGUCGACAGGAUCUCGAAGAGGGACUGUAGAUCUGAUUUACCGCCUUUGAUUACCGGCAACAGGCGGCGAUUUUCAAUAUUCACUCGUGCAGAGCUGAAUGUGAUCAACGCAGCUAGAGAGAUGAAGGAACUUCCGGACUUGAGCGCACUAAUCAAGAAGAAGCUGAGGUGAGCGAAAAAGACGUCUUCUGCGACUCCUAUUGAGACGACUCCUGGUGAGACGACUCCUUCCGGGCCUCCCCCUCUCGCUGUUUCCCAGGGACCAUCUGUAGACCCAGCUAAUAUCGAGUCCUCGAGGGAAGACCUCGUGCAGUCUUAUGAACGAGAGACUGCUGAACCGUCGGUGACAAAUGGUAACAAGAAGAAAAGGUCCGCUCCUGAUUCCUCUGCUUCUGUCGACGCCCGCGCGAGGACGGGGUCUGACGAACCUCCGAAGAAGAAGAAGAAGAAGGAGAAGAAAAAGAGGAAGAAGUCUAUUGAGGGGCAGUCGGAACCUGUCGGGGACGCUGUGGGUCACGAACCUGUUGUUCAUGAGGGCUCUUCUCGGGAUGCUGCAACUCGAGAUGUCGUUGAGUCGAGCAGUUCCCCGAACGUUCUGCUAGAAGAAGAAGAAACUUUCCCGUGGGCGUGACGCAUCCGCUUCUGCUGCAAAGACUCCUUCGGUGGCGCCUCCGACGACCACAUGGGGUGGUUCAGGCUCGGAGGAACGUCGAAUCAAAUUCCGCGAUCGCGUGGAAUUCAAGUAUGACGGCGACACUCCACUUGCUUACUUUGGGAACCGAAAUUCACACCGUCGAGUUUUGUUAAUCGGAGGAAAGCCAAGUUAACCUAGCCUUCCCUGAAGGCCCCGGUUAUCUGCUGGGCCACGCACAACACAAUCAAUAUGAAAGAUUCGAAAGUAAUAAAUAGUAAAAGAGCGAAAAGAGAACAAAGAGGUCUUAUUUCCGAAUUCGCGUUUGAGCGUGAACAACAGGUGAGAUCCUAGGCCACGAGAGCUGUCGGUAUGUUCGCUAGUCUAGCCACCUAAGUUCUAACCUAGUCGAGUCGCAACUAGAUAGUAAAAACAGAAAAAUGCCUAAAUUGCUCUAAGUAUUAAGUUUGCUCUUAGAAUGCUCUCCCUUUUUUCUCUUCGUCCUAGGUCCUCCUUAUAUACUCUUCCUUAGGUUGGUUUACCUCUUCUCGGGCCGGAUUUGUCGUGAAGCGGGCUUUUCCAUAUUUCCUUCUUCUUUGUGAUUAUCUUCGGAAAUUUGACAUUUAUCUCUUCCCACAGAUGCGAUAAACCGUCAUACCAGUUUUUGGGUUCAAAUCUUUUGGGACCAAAGAUGG